GCCCCACCGGCCCCGCCCCCGCGCGGGGGUUUGAAGCUCCGUUCCCGCCAUCUGCAGCUUCCUCCGGCCGCUGUGCAACACCUCAGGGAAUAUGCCAUUUGCUAAUGAGAUUGUGUCACUGCAAAGAUUUCUGCUAAAAUUGAAGACAAGGGCAUUGCCAUAGAUUUAUUUUUUUAAGUGGGUCUCUGGUUGACGCUGGGCAGUUCUACAUUCUGUAUUGAAUUCAUUCGGUUUGAAAGUUGUGUAAUCUGAAAUGUCCUAACUUACGUGUCUGAUUGACUUUGGCUUCUCAGGAGGUGUCUUUGGAAAUCUUCCUCAUGUGGCCCUCACCCUCUGAUGUGCAGUUAAGUGGAAAAACGAUGGUCCUCUACCCCUUGCUGGAUUGUGACGUGCAGUCUCAGGGCAGGACUCCAAGAGAGCCAAGUCUGUGCAGAGGCACCUGAUCUUUUAUUUGUCGGUGUGACCUUGGCCCAAGCAGGUCACAUGGUCAAGCCCAGAGUCAGAGUGCCAUUGAGCUUAGAUGGCCCCUGGGCUGAAAGAAGUAGCAAAACACAAAGUUUAUAAUAAUGUACAGACGAAGCUACGCUUAGAGCAGAAUUGCCAUCCCUCUGUUGUGUUGGGAGGAAAGAUAAGAACAGAAAGCCGACCUUCCAUGAUGCCUAGAUGUGACCUGUACACUAAGAAAUGAUCACGCAGGAAGAGGGUCCAAGACAGUAAGCAUCAGCUGAGCAAUAGGUUGGCUGCGUUGAAAUCAUAAUGAUACUGAAAACAUUCACACAGGGCUUUAUAAUUCAUCAAACAUUUUCAUAAGUCUUAUCACAAGGUACAGCCUAGAACAUUCGAGAGUCAAUUGAUUCCAAUUGUAAUUGAUUAACCAAGAUCUCAUGGAGUUUCAUUAACUUCGCCAUAGUCCUAAGACUAGUAGAGGGAAGGUCUGAGGAUUUGUGUGACCAGCUCUAUUCCUGUUCUACAGUGAGACUUUGUGCAAAAAAGAAAAUGUAAAACAAAUAAGCACACAAGUGUCAGGAAGCCAGAUUUGGGGUCAUAUCAGGCAGAAUAAAUGCUAAACAAAGAAUUAACGUUUUUGUUUGUUUAGUACUAAUUGACAGAAAGCUUUCUGAGGUUGGAUUUAUUCUCUCCCUGCUUCUGAACCAACGAUGAGGAAAUGGGAAUCAAUGCGGAAGCAAAUAGAAGAGCGAGCAUCUCACUAUGAGAGGAAGCCGUUGUCGUCUGUGUAUAGACCGAGACUGUCCAAGCCAGAAGAACCACCCUCCAUUUGGAAGCUAUUUCAUCGUCAGAAUCAAGCUUUUAAUUUUGUUAAAAGCUGUAAAGAGAAUGUUCACGUAUUUGCUUUGGAGUGCAAAGCAGGAGAUGGACAACGCAUCUACCUUGUAACAUCGUAUGCUCAACUUUGGUUUUACUAUAAGUCCCGGAAAACUCUCUUGCAUUGCUAUGAAGUGAUUCCUGAGAAUGCUGUGUGCAAGCUUUAUUUUGAUCUGGAAUUUAACAAGCUGGCCAACCCAGGAGCUGAUGGGAAAAGGAUGGUUGCAUUGCUCAUAGAGCAUGUUUGUAAAGCACUUGAGGAGUUAUACGAUGUUCACUGCUCAGCUGAAGAUGUUUUCAACUUGGAUUCCAGCACUGAAGAAAAAUUUAGCCGACAUCUAAUAUUUCAGCUCCGUGAUGCGGCAUUUAAAGAUAACAUUCAUGUUGGUAAUUUUGUGAGAAAAAUUCUGCAACCUGCUCUUCACUUAAUUACCCGGGAAGAUGAAGAUAAAAUUCCAGAGGAAAUGGGCCACGAAGCUUCCCGUUUUUCUGAUGUACUAUUGGAACAAGAGACUUCAGAAGCCUGGGAGACACCGGAGUUGCCUAAGCGGCACAGCCCUGACCUUUCCUUUUUAGUUGUGAAGAAUGGCAUAGGAGAAAAGUGUCUUUUUGUAGACUUAGGAGUUUAUACAAGAAACAGAAACUUCCGACUGUAUCAAUCAUCAAAGAUAGGAAAAUGUGUGGCUUUGGAGGUUGCUGAAGAUAACAGAUUUAUCCCAGAACAGUCAAAAGAUAUUUCUGAGGAAAACCAGUAUUUCCUGUCUUCCCUGGUGAGCAAUGUCAGAUUCUCAGACUCUUUGCGAAUUCUCACAUGUGACACAUCUCAGACUAAAAGAAAGCGGGCUGAGUGUUUUAACAGCACCGGCGCUUCAGCCGAAUCCAUCGCAGGCUUUCAGUGCUCACCGUAUCCUGAAGUUGACCAAUUUGUUAUUUCUUUGGUGAAUAAACAUGCCAUCAAAGGAGGAAUUCGGCGUUGGAACUACUUUUUCCCAGAAGAAUUACUGGUUUAUGAUAUCUGUAAAUAUCGUUGGUGUGAAAACAUUGGAAGACCCCACAAAAGUAAUAAUAUUAUGAUUCUGGUUGAUCUGAAAAAUGAAGUUUGGUAUCAAAAAUGCCAUGAUCCUGUAUGUAAAGCACAAAACUUCAAAUCUAACUGCUUUCCAUUACCCACUGAAGUAAGUCUGCGGUUCCUUCUGAAAGAGGAGGAGCUCACUUCGGAUGAAGCAGAUGAAUUCAGCAACUCACUGGCCAAGAAUUCUCAAAUCCCAUCAUCCAGUAUCCUGUCACCAGGCGAGUCUUCCGACGCUGACUGGGAUGACAGAGACGAUGCCUGCUUCCUAGAAGCCACAGAAGAUGCUGAAUUCGCUGAUGCUGCAGAUAGGAGUCUUCUUGGUGACAAGGAUGCAAUAGACGAUAUUCCAGACGAACUCAUGGAAGCAUUACAGAGUAGCUAACUGUGGGCAGGAUUUACAUAAUGAGGCUAGAAUUUGCCUGAAGCCUGAGAUUUGAUGACAUAAAUGUUAAAUUAGGGCUGAGGCUAUAGCCCAAGAGUAGACUACUUACCAAGCAUGUGCAAGGCCCUGCAUCUAAUCCCCAAUACCAUAAAAAAUCAAAUUACAUUAACUUAUUAUUAAACCUGUUUAUAACAAC